AUGAGAAUGUUGUGUGCUGGGUUGAACACCCUCGGUGUUCAUGAGGCCGUAAAAAAACAUGCGGAGGUCUUCCGACCUAUUUUUGUGGCCCCUGGGGAACCGACACCACUGAGCACAGACACAGUGGAACAAACAUUCAAGAUAGGACAGCUUAGCGAAGAAGGGAGUAACGCUCGAGUGAAAGAACUGCAGGUCAUUGGACACUGGCGAGAUUUACUACAAGACAUAGAGGAGGAACUGUCCACGCUGAAAUUCGAGGACAUCCUCGUAUUUUCAACGGGAGGUGAUGCUGUGCCAGCCAUCGGUUUUGUGCCAGAACCUACACUAGCCUUCGCAACGGACGGCACACGGUUCCCAAGGGGCAAAACCUGCGCAAACGUUCUGGAGCUUCCAAUCGUCCAUGACACAUACCACAAGUUCAAAGAGGAAAUGGAAUUUGGCAUCCUCAACAGCACAGGUUUUGGCAUGGCAUAAGUA